UUGUACAUAUGUGGGUAAGAUUACAUUCACGUGGAAUAAAUCAGUCUCAGCUCGAAGCCCGUGUUUGAUUCACGACUCCUAAACUAGAUACCUUAACAUGGCGCAGCCGGAAUUUAAAUAAAAUGAUUAUCGCAGUGAUUUAGUUAGUUUUGUGCGUGUAGUACAUGUCAGGCAGUGAUAGUGAACAGUCUUUUGAUUCUGUGGACGAAAUUGUGGUUUCUUUAAAAAUGGAGUCGGUUUUACAACCGCCACCGCCAUUCUUGUUCGAGAACAAUUUAGUUAAUGUCACAUCCGGAAAUUUAAGUGCUGAGUGGGACAAUUGGAAGAAAUCGUUCAGAAUAUAUUACGAAGCAUGUGAGCUUUCAUCGAAAGCUAAAAAAGUGCAAGUAAAUAUAUUAUUGCACGUCAUCGGAACCAAAUGUCGAGAGGUGUACGAGCAAUUUACAGCCGACGGCACGGAUACAGUGGACGGCUUGCUAGCCAAGUUUGAUGAGUUUUUUGUUCCGGUAAAAAAUUUGGCAGUGGAAAGGCACAAAUUUUUUAAAAGAGAUCAGAAUGAGUUAGAGUCGACCGAGCAGUAUAUCUUCGAAUUAAAUAAAAUAGCCGCCAAAUGCGAGUUUGGAGACUUACGUGAUGGUUUAAUAUGUAGCAGGUUCAUCUGUGGUGUAAAAGAAGUGACCUUAUCGGAACGGAUGUUAAGAGAACCGGACAUUUCCCUAAAGAAAGCAAUCGACAUAUGCAAGUUAGCGGAGAUGUCUAAAUUGCAGGCAUUAAAUAUAAAAACAAAUAGUGGUGAACAGCAUGUACAUGAAGUUUCACAGGGCACUAAUCAAUCAGGAACAACAGCCUGUGACGUGCAUAUAGUAAAUAAACGUGGUAAUACCUCAACCGCUACAAACCGCCCGCGCCGGCCGCCUCACACACCGACGCGGUCGAACAUGCCCAGUGGUGCGCGAGAGCAUCAGACAUAUUAUCCCAGAUCUUCAUUUUCUACUCCUAACUCCAGAGAUAGGACAUUCAAUCGUUAUGGCAAUACAUCGCAGCGAGUGACGUCAAAUGAACCUCAAAGAACCUUUAACGGCUGUAGCAAUUGUGGUCAUGCACAUAGAAGGAUGGAGUGUCCCGCGUUCGGAGUACGGUGUAACAACUGCAAUCGGAUGAAUCACUAUGCGCGGAUGUGUCGAUCGUCGCGUCAAGUGUUUCAAAUAGAGGAGGACUCCACCGAUCAGGACAGUGCGACCUCCUGAUCGGUGGGGAUACCCCUACACGUCCAACGCGGUCAAUCGGGUCACGUGAGCCAUUUUUUUUUCUUCUGAUAAUUUUCAUUAGCCUACCUAUAUCUUACACAAACUGUGUACGUAAUCAAUAAGAUUUGAAUAAAACAAUAGUUUUAUUAGUAUAAGUAAUCUGUAUUCGGAGAUGAUAAUACCUAAACUUUUUGUUUACGUCAUAAGAAAUUGCUAAAGUAAAUACUUAAAACUUAACAAUUACAUGUAUUUACCUUCAGUAAACAAUAAUAAUAACAAAUGUAUUCAUAGGUACUUA